AUGGCUCUGAAGCGCAUUCACAAGGAGCUCCUUGACCUGGCUCGUGACCCCCCUGCCCAGUGUUCAGCAGGACCAGUGGGAGAUGACAUGUUCCAUUGGCAAGCUGCCAUCAUGGGGCCCAAUGACAGUCCCUACCAGGGAGGGGUCUUUUUUCUGUCCAUACAGUUUCCAUCUGAUUAUCCCUUCAAACCACCCAGGAUCACGUUCAUCACCCGAAUUUACCACCCUAAUAUCAACAGAAGCGGAAACAUUAGUCUAGACAUCCUUAGAUUUGAGUGGUCACCAGCGCUGACAAUCUCUAAAGUGCUGUUGUCUAUCUGCUCUAUGUUGUGUGACCCUAAUCCGGAUGAUCCUUUGGUUCCUGAAAUUGCUAAGAUCUAUCUAAAGGACAGGAAAAAGUAUGACAGAGUCGCUCAAGAGUGGACUGAAAAAUAUGCCAUGUGA